GCACACAGGUUCAGACACGCCACACUCUGAAGUUGACUUGAAGUUGUCCCCUGACUGCCGCUGACUGCACCUGUAACACAGCGAACAUGGCAUCGGUGUCGCUGAGCUCCCGCCUCAACAAGGCCGUGCGCCAGCAGUACAUGAACCUGCCGCAGGGAGAGAAGUGCCAGGUCACCUACAUCUGGAUCGACGGCACCGGAGCGGGUCUACGCAACAAGACCCGAACUCUGGACAGUGAGCCACAGAGCAUUGAGGAUGUCCCCGAAUGGAACUUUGAUGGCUCGAGCACGUACCAGGCCGAAGGCUCGAACAGUGACAUGUACCUGGUUCCAGUCUGUAUGUUCAGGGAUCCAUUCACCCUCGACCCCAACAAACUGGUCCUCUGUGAGGUCCUCAAAUACAACCGCCUACCUGCAGAAACAAACCAUCGAACAAGCUGCAAAAAAGUGAUGGAGCAGGUUAAAGAGCACUGCAUCUGGUUUGGGAUGGAGCAGGAGUACACACUUUUAGGAAUCGAUGGACAUCCUUUUAGCUGGCCCAUGAAUGGAUUUCCGGCACCCCAAGGACCCUACUACUGUGGAGUGGGUGCAGACAACGCUUACGGACGGGACAUUGUAGAGUGCCACUACAAGGCCUGCCUCUAUGCAGGAAUCAAAAUCUAUGGCACCAAUGCUGAAGUCAUGCCUUCUCAGUGGGAGUUCCAGGUGGGACCGUGUGAGGGCAUUGAGAUGGGCGACCAGCUGUGGAUUGCACGCUUCCUGCUGCAUCGUGUGUGUGAAGAUUUUGGGGUUGUUGCAACACUGGAUCCCAAACCAAUGACAGGCAACUGGAACGGUGCUGGAUGCCACACAAAUGUCAGCACCAAGCAGAUGAGGGAAGAAAAUGGACUGACAUACAUCGAGCAGGCCAUCGAGAAGCUGAGCAAAAAACACGCCGAGCACAUCCGUGAGUAUGACCCACGUGGAGGGAAGGACAACAUGAGGCGUCUCACAGGCCUCCAUGAAACCUCCAGAAUCGAGGACUUCUCUGCCGGAGUGGCCAACCGAGGCGCCAGCAUCCGCAUCCCUCGCCAGGUGGGCCAUGAAAAGAAGGGCUACUUCGAGGACCGUCGGCCUGCAGCAAACUGUGACCCGUACGCUGUGACCAGGGCCAUCGCGAGCACCUGCCUGCUUGAUCUAGAAGACACCAAAGAAAGCGAGUAGGAUAUAUUACAGGCUGUUAAAUAGAAAUAUACAUAUACCUGCCUGUUAGUUCACCUGAUUUGGACACUUGAAGAAGACGUGAGUGUGAUGUUUAUUGUUACUUCUGUAUUAUUUAUCUAAUUAUUAUGUGCACAGGCAGCACUGUUAAUGUCUUUAGAAAUAAGAAAAAUGAUAAAAUAUGUUGUACAGCAGCUCUGCAGUGACUGGAAAUAACACUUUUUUCCCCUUUUCUGAGCCCACGUGCACAUUAUGAGGCAUUAAUAUACAUUAUUGUUUCUUAAAACUUGUCCUGCAUGUGUUUGGAUGAAAUGAAUUAAAUACACAAUGGUGCUGUA